GUGGCUAGCAGACCUGUGACAUUCACUGUUCUCAUGUCUGUGUCAACUGUAUAAAUAUCUCAAAAUGAACACUAUACUGUCGUCUUUUUCCCGACUGCGUGGGAUAACCUAUUUCAGCAGCAGCAUCCCUGCAGGGAACCUUGCAACAAUGGGCACCUCUCCUCUCAGAUUAUUCAGCAACUGGAUUGCACCUAGAGCUGCUGCAGGACUUCAGAUUUCCAGAUGCGGGCCGCUUUCUUCACAAGCUGAGGGUUCAGGAGUGUUCCAGCAGCUUCCAUGGCAAUACCAGCAGGUACGGACACGGAAAAGAGGCACGGAGUAUCAGCCCAAGAACAUCAAACGCAAGAGGACCCACGGCUGGAUCAAGAGGAUUAGCUCACAAGGAGGCAUAGAAGUGAUUCUACGGCGCAUGCUCAAGGGACGGAAAUCACUCUCACACUGAAGGUUCUUGUUGGAAGAACUUGUUAAGACUUUCAAAAAAUGCUGGAGGAGCUCAGCAAAGAGAAAAGAACUUGUAUAUCGGGUUAAUUGGUGAUACUGGAUGUGGUUUGGGUUUGGCAUUCCCACCGCAUUCAUAAUGGGUGGGAGAGUGGAAACUGGCCUUCAACAAAAAAGUUGUAUUUUCCUUGAAUCCGUCCAUAAAUCUGCUAGUUUCAUACAAUAUUUAAUGGGGCUUAAUUUCAUACAUAUUAAAUAAUACUCAACAUCUAUGUAAAGUUAUGGGCAUAAUCAUUAAAUGUAAGCAGAUUUAUGGAUUUUUUUUUCUUUUGAGCUUGUGUGAUAUUUGUUUGAAA